AUGACUAUCAUCUCUCUGCUCCUGCUGGCCUCUCUGCUGCCACACCUGACCUUCACUGGGAAGCAAAUACCCCACUCCAGACCUUACAUGGUGUCUGUUCAAACAAAGGAGCAUCAUAUCUGCGGUGGAUUCCUCAUCUCUGAUAGAUUUGUCAUGACUGCUGCACAUUGCCAAAACAAUUCUCCAGUUGUGACGGUUGUGCUAGGUGCACACGACCUACGAAAAAAGAGCGAGAAUUCAGUCCGAUUCACAGUGGAUUCAUACCAUCAGCAUCCAGACUUCACCAUGGAAUCCUUUCAUAAUAACAUCUUGCUUUUGAAGUUAGAAAAAAAUGUACAACUAAACGACAAUAUCAAGUGGAUAUCCAUACCAGCGAAAGAAGGCGAUAUAGAAGCAGGUUCUGUUUGCAGUAUCGCAGGCUGGGAACUUUUAGAAACUAAUGGCAAGAGAAGCGAUCACCUCAUGGAGACAAAUGUGACGGUCAUGAAUAACAAGAAAUGUGAAAGUAAAUGGGGGAAGGACGACUUUUCAACUUCACAGAUGAUGUGUGUAUAUGGCAAUGGUGGAAGCUGUGAUGGGGAUUCAGGAGGUCCUUUGGUUUGUGGAGACACUGCUCUCUUAUAA